AAGGGAGAGAGAGAAAAACAUCAAUGUGAGAGAGAAACCAAUCGGAAAAUUGGUGAUUUUAGUCAAAUUUAGCUGAAGUCUCUUCGCUGCCUUUGAAAUCUUUGGAGAGAGACCACCUUCAAGCAUUCUUAAUAUGGGAGCACCUGCUGGGUCCAAUAUAAUGAAAUGGCUGCUCCUGGUUCUGCUGGGGUGCUCCUCUGCCAUGGCACAGCUGCACAAAGACCCCACGCUGGAUCACCACUGGGAUCUCUGGAAGAAAACCUAUGGCAAGCAAUACACAGAAGAGAAUGAGGAGGUAACACGACGUUUCAUCUGGGAAAAGAAUCUGAAAUAUGUGAUGCUUCACAACCUGGAGCAUUCAAUGGGGAUGCAUUCAUAUGAUCUAGGCAUGAACCACCUGGCAGACAUGACCAGUGAAGAAGUAAUGUUAUUGAUGAGUUCCUUAAGAGUUCCCAGCCAAUGGCAGAGAAAUGUCACUUUCAAGUCAAACCCUAAUCAAAAAUUACCUGAUUCUAUGGACUGGAGAGACAAGGGGUGUGUUACCGAAGUGAAAUACCAGGGUUCUUGUGGUUCCUGUUGGGCUUUCAGUGCUGUGGGGGCCCUGGAAGCACAGCUGAAGCUGAAGACAGGAAAGCUGGUGUCUCUGAGUGUCCAGAACCUGGUGGAUUGCUCAACUGGAAAAUACAGCAAUAAAGGCUGCAAUGGUGGAUUCAUGACAGAGGCUUUCCAAUAUAUCAUUGACAACAAUGGCAUCGAUUCAGAAGCUUCCUAUCCCUAUAAAGCCAUGGAUGGAAAGUGCCAGUAUGAUGUAAAAAAUCGAGCUGCCACAUGUUCAAAGUAUGUUGAACUUCCUUUUGGUAAUGAAGAGGCCUUGAAAGAAGCUGUGGCCAAUAAAGGACCUGUGUCCGUUGCUAUAGAUGCGAGCCAUCCUUCUUUCUUCCUCUACAGAAGUGGUGUCUACUAUGACAAAGCCUGUACUCUAAAUGUGAAUCAUGGUGUAUUAGCGGUUGGCUACGGUAACUAUAAUGGGAAAGACUACUGGCUUGUGAAAAACAGCUGGGGCCUCCACUUUGGUGAACAAGGAUAUAUUCGAAUGGCAAGAAAUAGCGGAAAUCAUUGUGGGAUUGCUAGUUAUCCCUCUUACCCAGAAAUCUAGAGGAUCUCUUCAUUAUAUAACAAGUCAAGAAAGAUGAAACACUUUCUCUUCGAUUUUACCUGCUAAAACCAGUAGAAAUAAGUGUGUCAUGAUCAAUGUAAAUAUAUAGUUUGACUCUUCUACUUUUUUAACGUUGCAGAUCUUGAAAAAUUUUGCAAAGUAAAAAUUAAUAAUAUAUUAUAGAUAUAACUGUAUGAGAAUUAUUCACCUAAUCCAAUUUGUCAUUGUCUUGUUUUACCUCUUUGUCUUUUUAUGUCCCCUGAUAUCCUUUUGUAACUUGAUGGAAUAUGCUUAAUAAUUAUCUGUCUUUUCAACUUAGUAUCAUUACCACAUAACAUUCUUUCCUUAUUCUUGGGUAAUAUUAUAAUCUAUCAUGAAAAAGUAAAUUGUGGUAUGCUGGUGAUGGGCUAUGGCAACUUCAAUGCAAGAAACUAUUAAGUUAUUAAUGUGGCUCAGAUUGCAUCUUUGCACAUAAAAGCAUUCAAUAAAUGUUUUAAAUGAAGUUAAAGUAGA